UUCCUCCGAGCUGCUGUUCUGCGCAUGCGCCGUUUCCCUCAAACGGAGAGAAGAGCUCGAGCCACUGCAGCGUCUAAACCGGAAUAAACACUGAUCCACAGCUGGACCCGAGCGGACACACACGCGCGCACGCACACACGCGCACGCACACACGCACCGGGACAUUUAUCGGGACGUUCAAAGGACAUCCGCUGGAGGACAGGCCGGGGAUCGAACAGUAGGAGCGGCCACACGCCCAGGCACAGCUGGGACACUGGAGACAGACGGUGUCCACAGGUCGGCCUGGGGGUGAUGCUCCAUGAUGUCCUACGCCUUAAAGUCCAAACCCAGUGUUUAAUGUCCGCAGAGGACAGAGACACAGAGGGACACCAGAGGGCAUACAGUGGACAAAUACAACCAGUGUAAACAAGGGGACAAACUAAAAUCAACCCGCGGGGACAUUAAGGGACAGACCAGGACUGUGAAGGUUGGAUGUAAAGACAACGACAGCAUGGUGUCCCCGAGAUGGACUCGUCUUCCUGUGUCCCAGGUCCAGGUCCUGGUCCUGGUUCUGACGGGCUCUGUCUCUGCGGCUCGCUCUGACAGGAACAUGGUGUCAGAGGAGUAUGUGGGCGCCACAGUGAACGCCACGGUGCUGGACGCUCGCGGGAACACCGUCCAUGUGAUGAGCAGCGAUGACGGGACAUAUGGACAGAACUCACCCAAGGUGGACACAAGGGGCGUGGUCAUCGCACCUGCACCGCAUCACGGAGUGGUGGACCGUCAAGGCUGUGACCCCAGCACUCGGUUUGUGGUCCCUCCUCGUGGUGUCCCAUGGGUGGCGCUGCUGCAGAGAGGAAACUGCACCUUUAAAGAGAAGAUCCUGAAGGCGACGGCGUUCAACGCCACAGCUGUUCUCAUCUACAACAACUCCACCGACAAGACGGUCAAGAUGGGACAUGAAGGUACUGGUGACACGGUGGCUGUGAUGAUCACUGAGGCGUAUGGUAAAGAGCUCCUGACUCAUCUGGACAGGAACCUGACCGUCUUGGUCUCCGUGGUGGUGGGUCAACGCGGUCCGACCAAGAACAUCAACCGAGGCUCGCUCGUCUUUGUCUCCAUUUCCUUUAUCGUCCUCAUGAUCAUCUCAUCUGCCUGGCUCAUCUUCUAUUUUAUCCAGAAGAUCCGCUACACCAGCGCUAGGGGCCGCAACCAGCGUCGUAUUGGUGAUGCCGCAAAAAAAGCCAUCGGGAAGUUGACGACGAGGACGGUGAAAAAAGGAGACAAGGAGACUGACCCGGACUUUAACCACUGUGCCGUCUGCAUUGAAGCAUACCAGCUGAAUGACGUGGUCCGGAUUCUGCCCUGCAAACAUGUCUUCCAUAAGGUCUGUGUGGACCCGUGGCUGAAUGAACACUGCACGUGUCCCAUGUGUAAACUCAACAUCCUCAAAGCUCUGGGCAUCAUGACCAGUCUUCCCUGUGUGGACAGUGUGGUGUUGGACGUGGAGCGUCUCGGCAUCAGUCAGGCGUCUGGAAGCCAGAGGGCGCCACUGGGUGACAGCAACCAGCCCUCCAUCAGCCUGGAGCCGCUCAGCCCCUCCUAUCCUGAGACCACGCCCAGAACGCCCGCUGACAUCACCAUCGCUGUGACCAGUGGCGGUCACUUCUUCAACAGGAACUCGAUGUCUCCUCGCAGCAUUGUUUGUGACAUGGAGCUGCCGGACAUCCAGGCCUCACUGGACCUCUACGAUGACAAGUCUUGAGGCCUGUCAACAUGAUAACCAACCCCCCCAUGACCCUUGGCCUGCUGAUGGGGAGGAGUCUAAUAACAACAACCUCAUUGUUUUCUUUGGUUCAGACUGAACAUGGAUGCUGGUGUCAGGAUCCUGGUCUUGGUCCAGACUGAACUAGGAGUCUAGACCCUUGCUUUGGUUUAGACUUAUGUUUUUUUAUUUCUUGCAGAAGAGGAACUGGAAGAACAAUAAUAUUCAAAUGAACAGCUUAAAUCCAGAACUGAUUUCUGUCCAGGAACUAGAACCUGAACCAGAUUCCUCUGUUAGAACUGAAAGUCAUGUUGUUGCUGAGUUCUUUGAAUAGUUCCUGGGAUCCUGGAAAAAUGUCUGUAGCUUCCAUAAUCAUUCAUUUGUUAUUUGGAAAGAGUUCCAGGAAUCCUAGUGUUCUUUAAAGUUUCCAUUGAAGAUUCAUGGGAAGCCAAAAAAGAACUUUGGUACCUGGAAAACUUCUCGACCUCCUUACAUGGUCAAAGGUUGUUUGUGCCUAAAUUAGUCCCUGUGUUCCCUUGAAGGGGUUCUUGACUUCCAAAGUAUUCCUCCAAUCUUUGCUUAAAGGUUUUCUUAAAGUCCCAGGUUUUUGGUAAUGUUCAUCUUAUCUCUUAAAGGGCUGUUGGGUUCUUAGAACGCUGGGACUGGAUAACAUGUUCCUGUGUCACAUUGAAUAGUUCACCUAAUCAAAGGAUCCUGAAAAAAGGUUGAUUUCUUACAAUGUUUCCAGAGAAAUCCCCUGGAAUUGUUGAGGAAAAGGUUCAAGGAAGUUUUUUAAUUCCUGAAAACAUUUCUGGGGUUUUCUUGUGCCGAAAAGAGAUUUAGUUUUGUUUUGGUUUGUUUGUUUUUUGAGAGUUUUAAAAAGAUAUCCAAGUUCCUAAGAUGUUCCUGGGGAGUGCCUACAAAGGUUAAUGGAAAGGUUCUAUGUGUCUUAAAAUGGUUCCAAUAUUCUUGGAAGUUUCCUGUAAAGGUCCUGGACGUUCCCAGAGGUCCUAAAGAAGUUCUUUAGAUGGUCCCUUUGUCCUGGAAAAACAAAUCUGAAACUGAUCCCCCUGGGUUGUCUGGGACAAAACCUCAGCAGUCAGUCAGCAUAUGGACACAGCUGUCACUAACAGGUGUCGCCGAAAACAGCUUGUGAACACCCGGACCUGGACCAGAACUCCUUGUCUGUAAAUACUGACUGGAACCGGACCCAGGAUCUGGACCCUGAUUUUGAUCCUUUGGACAAAAUCAUCUUGUGAAUCUUUAGAACAAAGAAACAGUCACACACUUCAGGAGUCCUCAAUGACAGUGUUUCUUAUGGAGCGCUCUUCCAGCCACUGACCAAGGCUUAGUGUGGUGCAAAUACUGGACUCAUGGGGAUUCACUUUGCAUAGCGUCAUCAAUAGGAAAACAGUGCUUGUCAACAACAGUUCCAGCUGUUUACUGGGUAACAUCCUGUGAGCCGCAGGUCUGAGCGCCAAUGAGAGGACAUAAGACAUCAGCCCUGUCCACCACAAAACCAGGUCAUCAAUCAUUGUAAUCAAUGACCUGCUAUCGGAUCACAGACCUGAUCAGGUAUCAGCUGAGGGUUUCUUAAGUGGUGGACUGCUCCUUUAAACGUAUUAAACAGCUUUAUGUAAAAAAAACCCAACCCAGUUAUAAACAGCAUUAUAAUCAAUAACCUGACUGAUCAAUUGAUCAAUAUUAUCUCUGAUAUGUCUGAUGGACACUCUGAAAGACACUUCAGCUUUUGUCUGUGUCAUAUGAUACUUUUGUUGACGAUGAUGAAGAUUAUGAAGAUGAUGUGUAUCUUUACUGCUUCAGCAUUAAUGUCAUUAAACUGUUAUAAUGUUUAACAUGA